AUGAGAAACCCCGAAACUACCCAAACUAGCGGCGAACAAGGCAAACCUCAGCAAGAAAUCGCUGAAGAACUCCUCCAACAAAUCGAAGACACCAAAAGCCAACUCUUAGCCCAAUUAGCCGAAAUCCAAGAGCAAAUUCAGCAAAAUAUCACCGCUACCGAAGAAAUUUACGAACAAGUCCAAACAAAAACCUCUGAACCUAAAACCUCAGCCAAUCAACCUAACCUCAGCCAACUAGAAGCCCAAGAAAAACAACUCCGCCAAGCUACCGCCCAAACUAAAGCCAAACUAACCCAAGAACAAAGGCAACAGCAAGCGACCAAAAAAGAGCUAACUCAACUCAAAUCAGCCCUCACCAAAGAGCAAAACAAACUGAAAAAAGCCGAACAAGCCUUAACUAAACCAACCUCCUCUGCCCAAGCCCAAAAACUCCAAGCCGCCCAAGCCGAAAGCCAAGAAAAACUUACCCAACUGCAAACCCAACUCACCCAAAAACAAGAACAAUUCGCCCAACAACAACAGCAAACCAGUCAAACCCAACAAGAAAUUCAAGCCCAAGAACAGCAAAUUCAAACCAUCCAAGCACAAGUCCAAGCUACCCAACAAAGCCAAGCCCAACAGCAAUUCCAAACUGAACUAGAACAACAACAAGCCGAAAUCACCCAAGCCCAGCAAGAAAUCCUCCAACAAGAAUGA